UGGUUUUGUUUAUUGCUGCAGUAUUAUCAUUUUUAGUCAGUAGUAAAUUCAUUUCUAUCACAAAUCACCGCUCUCUCUCUUUUCAACUUUGAUCGAUUUGAUCCACGCUCGACUUCACGCGCUAUUAUCUUGACUUCUUGAGCCUCGUUCAAAUUAGUAGGACUGCGUAAACCUCAACUAACCGUUAUGGAACUAAUUUAAGUGUGACUGAUACAUUUGGUUAAUUCAAGUCAGAUUUUUAACUUUAUUUUAUGGAACAGCCCUCUGAAAUACACCCCUGAAGACUCUAGAGGGCGCUGUGACGUUGAUUCUCGCCACCGGAAGUGUCAGUCGUCAGUGUUCGAAGAUUUCUCUCGCGGUUUUGCAGCGGAGGCUUUAAAAGAUGCAGGCAGUUUCUCCCGAGGAGACGAUAUAUAUCGUGACGAAUUAGCGAUCAUAUUAAAUCAACUGUGUUGUUUAUGGAGGGAAGCACGUGGUGUUGUAGUCUGUAGACUUGAACCCUCUGGAGUCGACUCAAUGUGUUUUCAUUCAAUCUGCUGAUCACACAGGGCAAGAUCAUGGUGAGGACAUAUAAGAGAAAGACCAACAGAGCGAGCACGACUCCCGGCACAAUGCUGAAGGCUGUCAGACAAGUGCUGCUGUUUAAGAAGACCAUACGAGCUGCAGCUGAGGAAUUUGGGAUCAAUUAUCGCACCCUCGCCCGCUAUUGUACCAAAAUUCCACGUGAAGAGGUGGAGGGAGAUGCCGAACAUCCGAGCUGCGCUGUGGGCUUCAUCGGCACCAGACAAGUGUUUAGUGCAGAACUGGAGGUGGAACUGGUCUCCAACAUCUUAACAGCAACCGAUAUUUAUUAUGCGCUGCCGCCUAAGGCCAUCAGAAAAUUGUCCUACCAGUUGGCAAAGAUGCACCAGCUGCAAAUGCCGGCAUCGUGGAGGGAAAAUAAACAAGCGAGCGCAGAUUGGUUUGCCGCUUUUACAAAGAGACAUCCCUCGUUGUCCAUCAGAUCACCCGAACCAAUGAGUGUGCCAAAGGCGAGCCAAAGCACUACACGCCACUAUGAGAUGUUUUACAACAAGCUGAAGGAGAUAAUGGAACGACACCGAUUUAAGCCGGAGGAUGUGUGGAACGUGGAGGAAAUUGGUGUCACUACUGCUCAAAGGGCCGAUCGUGUGGUGAUUAGGAAAGCCUUGGUGCCGCUGGGACCCGUGUCAUCCGCUGACCGGGGGCCUCUCGUGAGCAUGGCCUGUGUCGUUUCGGCAUCAGGAAACACAAUACCGCCCUAUUUCGUUUUCCCGAGAGUACAAUUCAGGGAGCACUUUUUGAACGGCUCGCCCGUCGGGAGCUCGGGUGGAGCCAACAUUAACGGCUGGAUGAGGGAGGAACAGUUCGUCCAUUUCCUUCAGCAUUUCACUCGACAAACCAAACGCUCCCUGGAGAGACCCUGUCUCCUGCUCCUCGACAGUCACUUAUCCUACUUGUCCAUCGAGGGGUUGAGUUUUGCAAAAUCGAACGGUAUCGUAAUGCUCUCCUUUCCCCCACACUGUUCUCGGCAUCUGCAGCCUUUGGAGCGCUCCGUUUACGGCCCGUUUAAGAAAUGCGUCAACGCAGCUAUCGACAGCUGGAUCCUCGGAAGCCCGGGGAGGAGCGUUACAAUUCAUCAUGUUCCAGGAAUUGUUGCCACCGCGUUGCCCCUGUCUGCCACCCCAGCAAACAUUAUGGAGGGGUUUAAAGCCUGUGGAAUUUACCCUCUCAACCCAAACAUUAUUCAUGAAUCAGAGUUUGCUUUAAGUUGUCUUACAGACUAUAACUCUGGCACUUCUGCAUCCAAUGGUUCGGCACAUAAUUACAUCGACUACAUUGGUGACACUUCUGGGUGUUCUCCACAUCCAUCUUCAGAGCGACACACAGCACACGGUGACCUUCAGCCCAAACCAGAUGAACUUCACUCUUACCAGAGACUGAAGACCUCUGAGCAGGACAGUGGACAUCUUGACUGGCUCUCAUGAGCUGGACAGAUACAGGACACAAUAAGAUAGAAAAUGAGUUGUCACAAAAUCACAUUAGCUAGUCCUAUACUCAAACACAAUAUUUGUCACUUUGUUAUUAUUUUGUAUAUUAUUAUAAUUAUACACUUCAUUAACUGCAGCUGCUUCUGUUAGUCAAAUCAAGUGGCUAGUCAAAGCCUGUGACUUUACCAAGGGUGCACAAUGUGAAGCUUGUCACAACAUCUAUUUAGCCCGUCGUGUGUGGAUUGUCAUGUCAAAAUACAUGCCUACUGCAGAGGUUUGAAGGAGUUAAAAGAUGUUUGUCAGAUACUCUCUUAAAGGGUUAAUUCAUCCAAAAAUGAAAAUGAUGUCAUUAAUGACUCACCCUCAUGUUGUUCCAAACCCAUAAGACCUCCUUUCAUCUUCGGAAACACUGUUUAGGAUGUUUUAGAUUUAGUCCGAGAGCUUUCUGACCCUCCAUUGAAAAUCUAUGUACGGUAUACUGUGCACUGCAGUGACGCUGCUGACAUACGGCUCUGCUGACGUGUAAUCCGAGCUUUGUUUACAGUGUGAUGAAUUAGGACAUUCGCAACAUGCAGACUUGUGCACUAUUUAAAAAAUAUAGCAUUACCAAUAACAAACAAUGUAGAAUAGCUUGAAUACAGCGUGCGUCUCCCUCAGAUGGUAAAUGAAGCUCGGGUGCACCAGAUAACACGUCAGCAGCGUCACUGCAGUGUCAUGCAGACCCGGAAGAGAAGGCAAUGCUGAAUAAAGUCGUAAUUUUUGUUAUUUUUGGACCAAAAUGUACUUUCGAUGCUUCAACACAUUCUAACUGACCCACUGAUGUCACAUGAACUACUUUGAUGAUGUUUUUUUAUCUUUCUGGAGUCGGACAGUAUACCGUACAUACAUUUUCAAUGGAGGUUCAGAAAGCUCUCGGACUAAAUCUACAUCAUCUUAAACUGUGUUUCUGAAGAUGAAUGGAGGUCUUAUGGGUUUGGAACGACAUGAGGGUCAUUAAUGACAUCAUUUUAAUUUUUGGAUGAACUAACCCUUUAAUGGCAUGUGUAAUCAGAGUUUAGUGUGAAGUAAAUGUCUUCUGAGUAUUUUGUGAAGGUGAGGCGUCUCUUUUAUCAUAAACCCUUUACACGUGUCUGCAGCAGGCAUGUAUUUUGACAUGACGCAUGAGGCACAUUUUGUCCUGACGAGCCACACACGACACAAACACAUAUUCGUGCCCCUCGGAAGAGAAGUCACCGGCCGCCACUGGUCAAAUCAAAUCGUUCAGUAUUUUUCUAUUUGUUGUUUUUGCUGUUCAAAAAUGAUUGCCUAAAGUCAUUAAAUAUGAGACAUUUUAAACAGA